CCUUUCUCUCUACUGGUGUGCUUGUUGCUUUCACAAGUAGUCAUGGCUUCCGAUUCUUCUCCGACGAAUUUCAACAACGGUCCUUCCUCUCCUGAUGAUUCAUUUUCCAGCCCAAUCGGCAACACAUUAUCCUCUCCCGGAGAUGCUGCUCGCCACAGAGGGCGCCGGCGUUCUUCGACACCGUCCGCCUUCGCAACUCCUCCCUCUAAUCGAUCUCGAUUCGCCUCCUCCGAUGCGACCCCAACUCCAUCGAGGUCCAGGCAAAGGGGAGGUGCUCGGAGAGCGUCUACGUCUACCCCUGUUGCAGCCACGCCCACAUCCACUGAUGACGUUCCUAUGUCAUCAGAAGGCGGAGAGGGCUAUAAUGCAGACGAUAUCAGGCCUACCUUCGUCUGGGGUACUAAUAUAAGCGUCGAAGACGUGAAUGAGGCGAUUCAGAGGUUUUUAAAGCACUUCCGAGAGCAGUCAUCUCAGAGCGAUGGGCUGCAUAUGGAGGGGAAAUAUGAGACAGCUAUCAAACAAGUCAUUGAAAUUGAGGGAGAUUCACUAGACGUCGAUGCACACGAUGUAUUUGAUUAUGAUCCGGACUUGUACACCAAAAUGGUCAGAUAUCCUCUCGAAGUUCUUGCAAUUUUUGAUUUGGUUCUAAUGAAUAUGGUUAGUAGAAUCAACCCGUUGUUCGAGAAGCACAUUCAAACUCGAAUUUUUAAUCUAAAAACCUCGACUUCAAUGAGGAAUUUGAAUCCAUCUGAUAUUGAGAGGAUGAUAUCAUUGAAGGGAAUGAUCAUUCGAUGUAGCUCCAUUAUACCAGAAAUUAGGGAAGCUAUAUUUAGAUGUCUCGUGUGUGGAUACUGCUCAGAACCGGUUGCCGUGGAGAGAGGGCGAAUAAAUGAACCUACUAAAUGUCUGAGAGAAGAAUGUCAAGCCAGGAACUCCAUGACACUGGUUCACAACCGAUGCAGUUUCACAGACAAGCAAAUUGUGAGGCUCCAGGAGACACCUGAUGAGAUACCUGAAGGGGGAACACCACACACAGUAAGCUUGUUGGUGCAUGACAAGCUGGUGGAUGCUGGAAAGCCGGGUGACAGAGUUGAGGUGACUGGCAUAUAUAGGGCUAUGAGUGUCAGGGUUGGACCAACUCAAAGAACUGUUAAAUCACUGUUCAAGACUUACAUUGACUGCCUUCAUAUUAAGAAGACUGAUAAGUCAAGAAUGCUGUCAGAGGAUGCAAUGGAUGUUGAAACUAGCCUGGGCAACAGAAAUACAGAAGAAAUUAAUUUUGACGAAGAAAAGGUGGCUCAACUUAAAGAGCUAUCAAAACAGGCAGAUAUAUAUGAAAGGCUGACAAAGUCAUUGGCUCCAAACAUCUGGGAGCUAGAUGAUGUGAAGAAAGGUCUUCUUUGCCAGCUGUUUGGUGGAAGUGCUUUGAAGUUGGCAUCUGGCGCUAACUUCCGUGGUGAUAUUAAUAUUUUACUAGUUGGUGAUCCUGGAACCAGCAAAUCCCAGCUGCUCCAAUACAUACAUAAACUUUCUCCACGUGGCAUUUACACAAGUGGAAGAGGCAGCUCUGCUGUUGGACUGACUGCUUAUGUUGCCAAAGAUCCUGAGACAGGCGAAACUGUUCUUGAGAGUGGCGCUCUAGUUUUAAGUGACAGAGGCAUCUGCUGUAUAGAUGAAUUUGACAAAAUGUCUGAGAAUGCCAGGAGCAUGUUACACGAGGUGAUGGAACAACAAACUGUUUCAAUAGCAAAAGCAGGUAUUAUUGCCUCCCUCAAUGCCAGGACUUCAGUGUUGGCUUGCGCGAACCCCAGUGGGUCACGAUAUAACCCUCGCUUGUCUGUCAUUGACAAUAUACAACUUCCUCCUACACUUCUGUCCAGGUUUGAUUUGAUCUACUUAAUUCUUGACAAGGCUGACGAACAGACAGAUAGACGACUUGCGAAACAUAUUGUUUCCUUACACUUUGAGAAUCCUGAGAGCUUAGAGCAAGAUGUGUUGGAUCUUCCUACAUUAACUGCUUAUGUGAGCUAUGCUCGAAAGCAUAUACACCCACAACUAUCUGAUGAAGCUGCUGAAGAAUUGACUAGAGGUUAUGUUGAGAUAAGAAGGAGAGGAAAUUUUCCAGGGAGUAGCAAGAAGGUGAUAACAGCAACACCAAGGCAGAUUGAGAGUCUAAUACGGCUUAGCGAAGCAUUGGCUCGGAUUCGCUUUUCAGAAUGGGUAGAAAAGCGGGAUGUAAUGGAGGCAUUUCGGCUUCUAGAAGUUGCAAUGCAGCAGUCUGCCACAGAUCACUCUACUGGAACCAUUGACAUGGAUCUUAUUACUACCGGAGUUUCUGCGAGUGAAAGGAUGAGACGAGAAAGUCUGAUACAGGCAACUCGCAACAUAAUCAUGGAGAAGAUGCAAAUUGGAGGACCAUCAAUGCGAUUAUUGGAGUUACUGGAAGAGUUGAAGAAACAGAACGCCAGUGAAGUCCACCUCAGUGAUCUAAGAAAUGCAGUUGCUAGUUUGGCCAGCGAAGGAUUUGUUGUACUGCAUGGUGACAGUAUAAAAAGAUCGUGAUAAAAUGAAUGACAAUAUGAUCCUUGGAUUUUAUAUUUUAAGGUGGCUACUAGGUGAUGUAGUUCUUUUAGUCAUCACAAGCCGAGUGCUGAGGAAAGUAGUAAGGCGCUCUGUAAAUGGUUGCAUUGGUAGGCUUUUCAUUGCUGUUCUUUGUCGUAGAGUCGUCAAGAAGUGCGACGAAAGGCUAGCUUGGGUGGUUGAAAGGAUGGAAUACGAGUAAAACAGGACAGCUUCCCGGGGGGGGGGGGAGAACUGUCAAAAUGUAUUUGAAUGUGUUCUUUUCUUAACAAGCAACAUUAUGAUAUUAUUUAUAAGCGUUGAAUUAUGAGUGAUAAAUUAGCAUAUUAGCUAAUUUCAAUUUCAAUAUGUCGAUAGCUUGGUGCAGAUGUAUGAUCAUAAACAGAAUGCAUCAAUGUUAAAGACCGAAAUGGCUGUUUCUUUGCGGA